AUGUCUACUAAAAUAUUCAUUAUUGUUAGUUUUGUUUUAUUUGAAUUUAUUUUAAAUUCCAUAUGUAAAAUUAAUAUUUGUAAUAAUAAAUCAAAUGGUUUUUAUACUAAUUAUACAAGUUUAAAUUGUCGUUCAUAUUAUUUUUGUUUUAAUGAAACACUUAAAAAAAUUUUACAAUGUAAAAAUCAAACUGAACCAAUAUUUAGUUCAUAUCGACAACGUUGUAUAGCAAAAAAUCUUUUUUAUAAUGAAUGUUAUUCAAAUAAUAUAACAGAAGAUAAUAAAAAUUGUGCUUGGUUUUCUAUUCAAUUAUUAACAAUACCAAAGAAAACAUAUCAUUAUUCAUGUUUAUAUCCUUUUUUAUUUGAUUUACAAACAAAAGAAUGUAAACAUUAUUCACAAGUACAAUGUAAUCAACGAUUUGAACCAAAAGAUGUUUGUGAUUAUCAUCAUCCACAAAUAUAUAAUUCAAUAAAUAGAAGACCCUGUUGGUUAAUACCAAGUUGUCGUCAUAAAAUAAAUGGUCUUUAUGGAAAUCAAAUACAAGAAUGUUCAUCUUAUUAUGAAUGUAAAGAUGAACGUUUUGUUAGUUUAAUAAAAUGUCCAAGAAAUAUGUAUUUUUCUGAUAAAUAUAAAAUAUGUUUAUCUACAUUGUUUAAUUGUGAAAAUAAGACUGUAUAUUAA